UCCAGCAGCGCCAGCGCUGUGCCCCUCACUUUCCGUCAGGACUGAGAUGGGACAGCACGCGAGCAGAGCAGCGGUGCAAGCCGCCCCUCGGGGCAAACCGCAGCGCUUCUCUCCGCCCAUGGCUGCCCAGGCCACGGCCCGUCCCCAACCUCAGCCCUCAUCCUCUGCGAUGGAGGAGAGAAAGCCCUCCUGCCCUGCUGAGGCCAAGGAGAAGGACAAACUCCCCCAGGAGCCCACUGCUGUGCCGCCCGCUCCCCCCUUGGAUGCCCCUGGGCUGCCCAUGUGUGCUGUGGAGCGUUACGCGAUGGACAACAUUGAGGCCUUUCUCCGGAGCACAGAGCCUCAGAAUGAGGAGAAGAAGAUGAAGUUCCUGUGCAGCAUCCGCACCAUCUGCGGCUCCGCAGCAGAGAGGAACACGGUGCAGGAACUGCGCAUCUUCUGCCGCCGGAACGAACUUGUGGAGAACAUCAUGGUGCUGCUGGCAGAGGAGCCGCGGAGAGAGCUGAGCUCCGAACUGCGGCUGCAAGCGGUAGCCGCCAUCACCUCCCUCAGCAAGGUGGAGGGGGCUCUGGAGGAGAAGAUCCCUCUCUUUGUUGUGUGCUUCCGGAGCAUCUUCCUGCUUCCCUCAGAGCAGGACCUGGACACAAACCUUUACUCCAAGACCCUGAGGGCUCUGGAUGAGAUGCUGCACUCAUUGGUGUUCAUUCACCCCAGCGCCAGCAUCGGAGAGGAGCUGAAAGACGUCUUCCAGGUGCUGCUGCCCUUCACCUCCUUGCAGAGCUCGACCGUGCGCCAGAGGGCAGUGGGGCGCAUCUGGAAGCUGACCCAUUCGCUGGCACAUUACUGCCAGGAGAAGCCCCGUCACUCCUCGGAACAAUCCCCAUCUGCCAGCUAUGACGAGCUCCGCCUGCCCGUGCUGGGGCAGCUGGUGGGAUGCCUCAUCCUGUGCUGCGCUUUUGUCCAGGAGGACAAAACAUGCCGCUGUGCUUUGAGCGCUCUCCGUCACCUCUACAGAUUUGUCCUGUGGAGAAGCCGCUGGGAAGGGCAGCUGGACGAGCAGGGGAAACUGGAGCAGUGGGAAGCCGACCACGAGUUCUCCCUCACCUGGACCACCAACACCACGGUCAUUUUGCUGGUGAGGAGGGAUUGUCGCGCCAGGACUCAUGGGCGCAGGGGGUGGGGGGAGCAUGGCUGACAUCCUUCCCCCCCUCUGCGUUCAUUCCUCCCCAGCGCUUUGAGAAGUACUUCCACUCUUCA